CUCUAACCUCCACAACCUGAAAAUUCUCAAACAAACAAACACACCCAAAACAAAAAAAAGAUUAGCAUUUUUUUUCAUCUGUUUUUUUCCACGGCAUCAUCGCUAUACAUUGAGCUUGUGAGUAGAAAGAAUUCAAAGAAAGUUGUUAAUACGGCAAAAGUUGAAAUUUGAAGAAUAUAUAUAUAUAUAUAUAUAUAAAACAAUGUGGAAGCAAAACGACGACGUUUCUCGUAGAGCAUGGAACAUCGUUCGUCUAGCAUUGUUAUGGGCUCGCAAAGGAGGGGUGUUCAAGCGCAGGCUGAUGAUGGAACUGAGGGUGGUGCCUAAGUUCAUAAAGAACCUCGGCAAUGCAAACCAGAGCGACAACAUCCAUUACGGCGAGCGACAGCUCUCCUUCGACGAGACUCCCAUUUUCCACGUCAAGAUGCACCGUCCUAACUCAAUGCGCUUCCAUUUGCCUCACAUUCCUUGCUUCACUACCCCUCAAGUUGAUUUCGACUAUGAUUUCGAUGGCCGCGAUGACGCCGACGACAAUGACGGAGCUUAUAGCCAGAUGUACUAUGACAGUGGGAGGAAGAGUUUCCUAAAGGUCACUGCUGGAGAUGAUGAGGAAGGAGAUGAAAUGGCAUCGUAUGGCGAAGAGAGUAUCGAUAUGAGGGCCGAGGAGUUCAUAGCUAAAUUCUACGAGCAAAUGAAGCUGCAAAGACAGAUUUCGUAUUUACAGUAUAAUGAGAUGUUAAACAGAGGCUCAAGCUGAUCGUUCUUUCUUUUGAUGCGAUUCUCUCUCUUUUCUUCCAAGUUUUUCAAUCUUUUUUAUUGUUUAUUUUGUACUAGAGGCAUUGCGGCGUUUGUAGAUACCGGAAGCUUCGAUCGAGUUUCGAGUUUAUACAAUUUGAUUAUAGAAAUAAAAAAGCGGCAGUACAAUUUGAUUCGUAAAA